AUGGGGAAAAUGAAAGAGGAAGAGAAAAAUGCGGAUUCUCAGUACGGUGAGUUCCCAUCACCCUAUGAUCCCACUUUUAAUGGACCCAUAAAAAAGAGAGGGUGUACUGACAUCAUCUUGGUGCUGUUUAUAGCAGUCAUCCUUGGCUACCUUGCAGUUGGGAUUUUAGCAUGGCUUUACGGAGAUCCCCGUCAAGUUCUCUAUCCAAGAAACUCAACUGGAUGGUUUUGUGGCAUUGGACCAAACAAGAACCGAUCUUCACUGUUCUACUUUAACAUUCUCAAAUGUGCGACAUCUGUUAAUGUGAUGGCAGCCGCUCUCCAUGGCUUUCAAUGUCCAACCAAGCAGAUAUGCGUGGAAAAGUGCCCCACUGAGUUUUCUGCUGUGGGGCCGCUAGACUACGCUAAAAAACCGAAGGAUGUUUUCAUUCAAAGCUUUUGCUUGCCGUCUUUAGACUUGUCAACCACUGAAAUGACCGUUCAACAGAUUGUGGAUCAGGAGUUGUGCCCUUUCUUUACUGUUCCCACCACCUCUGUUCUAAGAAGAUGUUUGCCUGAUGUCGAGAAGCUUGUGGAUAUGCCACCAAGUUUUUCCAAUAUUCCAGGCUUGAAACCUUCUAUCAAUGACACGUCCAACAUCAUCAAGAACAGCACUGGGUCACGGGACAUUUUGGACAGCUUUGGUGCCAGGGACAUCGUCGUGAGGAUCUUUGAGGAUUUUGCGUCCUCAUGGCCCUGGAUCGUUCUUGCUCUGUUUCUAGCCAUGGUGCUCAGUAUGUUAUUCCUGCUGCUGCUGAGAUACACUGCCCGCGUCAUAGUGUGGGUCCUUAUUUUCGGAGUCCUAUGCGCCGGAGCAUACGGGAUUUGGCAUUGCUAUUGGGAGUACACUAAUUACAAGGGUUUAUCUGCUUCCAUUACCAACAUUGGACUCAACAGCAAUUUCGGAUUUCUGGAAGUGCAAGAGACCUGGUUGGCCUUCUUAAUUAUAAUUUCUGUGGUGGAGGCAAUCUUGAUCUUAGUCCUCAUCUUCCUGCGAUCCAGAAUCCUCAUUGCCAUCGCGCUCAUCCAAGAGUCUAGCAAGGCCAUCGGUGUCAUGAUGAGCACCUUGUUUUACCCUCUGAUCACAUUUCUUUUACUCUUGGUUUGUGUGCUCUACUGGGGUACUACUGCGUUAUAUUUGGCCACCUCGGGAGGGGCCGUCUACAAGGUGGUGGCUCUCGACGCCACUACGGAUGAGUGUCUCCGUAUCAACGGCACGCUGGACUGUGACCCUCAGACAUUUAACACAUCGGAUUACCCAACAUGCCCUUCUGCCACUUGCAUUUUUCUCAAAUACAAUGCAGAAGGGCUGUUCCAGGAGAACAUCUUCAACCUCCAGAUUUACAACGCAUUGGCCUUUCUCUGGAUUGUUAACUUUGUCAUCGCUCUGGGUCAAUGCACGCUGGCGGGUGCCUUUGCCUCCUACUACUGGGCUUUCAACAAACCCGAUGACAUCCCCACGCUCCCCCUAUUGGAUUCUUUGGUGCGCACAGUCAGGUACCACGUUGGCUCACUGGCAUUCGGUGCUUUGAUCCUGACCCUCGUACAGGUCGUGAGGGCCGUCCUGGAGUACAUUGACCACAAAACUAAAGGUGCACAAAACCGGUGCGCACGCUUUCUUGUGUGCUGCCUGAAAUGCUGCUUCUGGUGCCUCGAGAAGUUCAUCAAGUUCCUCAAUAGAAACGCCUACAUCAUGAUUGCUGUUUAUGGGAAGAACUUCUGUACCUCAGCCAAGAAGGCUUUCUUUCUGAUCAUGAGAAAUAUUAUAAGAACUGUAAUUUUGGAUAAAGUGGCUGACCUGUUGCUGUUCUUUGGGAAGCUGCUUGUCGUCGGUGGAGUCGGUGUAUUGUCCUUUUUCUUCUUCUCUGGUCGGAUACCACUACCGUACAGCACGGCACAGUCCAAGACCCUCAACUACUACUGGAUGCCAAUCAUUACAGUGGUGAUUGGCAGCUACCUCAUAGCUCAAGGAUUCUUCAGUGUGUACAGCAUGUGCGUCGACACGCUCUUCCUCUGCUUCCUGGAGGACCUGGAGCGGAACGACGGCUCUCUGGAGAAGCCCUACUACAUGUCCUCCAAACUAAUGAAGAUCUUGAAUAAAUCCAACAAGAAACCCAAAAAAAGCAAGUGA